UCCACUGCGCAGACGCGGAAGCUUCGGUAACCGGCGCCCGAAGUUGAUUGCGGACGUCCCCGCACCCCUUCCCAGGUGUGGGUCUCGGGUUCCUUUGGGGCAGGCAGAGGCGCGCGCCAGAGCUGCUGACCGGGAGAGCGGGCGAGGUCCCUGACCGGGCUGAGCCUCCGGAAUCUGCCGCUUCCCGGGAGCGCGCAGGCCCGGGCACGUGAGGACGCGGAAGCCAGAGUGCAAGCCUGGUCUGGACUCAGCAUGGCCGCCCUGCUUGUACGGAGCGUGGUGGCUUCGGUGGUGGACCCGUUCCUGCACCUGAGUCGCCUCGCGGUGAAGCCCCGGGCCUUCUCCUCGUUCCUGCUGGGGACGAUGCCAAGCGCCAAACCCUGCGCAGAGGUGCGCUCACUUCUCUGUGGCCGUCCCUUGCCGUCCCUGCAGCCCUCGCUGAGCUUCAAAACCAAGGGUGUCAUCAAGAAGCGCUGUAGAGACUGCUACAUGGUGAAGAGACGUGGGCGCUGGUUUGUCCUCUGUAAGACCAACCCCAAGCAUAAACAGCGACAAAUGUAGAGCCCUUGCCUUCCAGCAGUGUCCACGGGAAAUUCAUUUCCUCUUAUCAGAGAAAAAUAAACUAAGCAUUCUGUAAGUUCCGUGGGCCUUAGGGUUUUGUUGAAUCUGCUUUCCCCACAUCGUAGCCCAGAUCCUUCAAAUCUAAUCGGCCCAGAGCUGCAGAUAGAGAAGGAUUGUUACAAUUCCUGGAGCUGUGCAAGAAGCAGGAAUACAGAGCUAGCUUUUUCUCGAGACCAAAGUCUGUCUCGGUAACCCUGCUUGACCUGAAACUCGGAGAGAACCUCCUGCCUCUGCCUCUCAGCCAUUUGUUACCAUAUGCUGCAGAUUCUAAGUGCUUUAAGAGGCUGCCUGAGCCAAAAGGCUCCUGUGGGGUGUGCAGCAAUCCCAGUUUAAGAACAAGCGAUGUUCUUGUGUAGCAACUAUCUCAACCUUUGCUCAAGGAAAACCUUGUUUACGUAGAAAUGCCUUUCGGAUACCAAUUAAAAAAUGUUCGUCAUGACUGUUCUCACACUC